AUGGCAUUCCUGAAACGAUGGUGUUUCACGUUCAUUGACUAUUGGAAAAUGGUCGGAAAUGACUACCUGGUGGUCGUUGAAGAUUUGUUGAAAGAUGCGAAAAGGAGACCGAUUAUAACGGCAAUGAAGCUAUUGCCAUUUGGAAGUGCAUUUUAUGCUUAUAAAACUAAUCCGAAUGAAAGAGAUAUGCUCAAUUCGUUGGUGGAAAAAAGGAGACAAAUGGUGCUUGUACCAAAUUCAAUACACAGUAAAACGGCGGACGAUGAAAUUGCAUCACGUACACUGUAUGUAGAUCAAAAUCGACUCAAACUUAUUGAUUGCAUUCUAUUUUCCAUCCUCAUCAUACUACCUGAGUGUGAUGACGUAUGCUUGUAUGAGAAUCGAAAUUCUAUUCUGAGGCGGUGGUGGUGGAAGCGAUAUGAUGAUAUCAUUGAUAUUGGUGCUUUCAACAAAUGGUUUAGGCUUGGGAAAUUUUUCGAAAAUUACGACAUUAACGAGGAUGAAUUUAAUAAUUCUAUCAGUAAACUUCAGUGA